UAUCACCCCUGGACCCAUGAAGUAGAAUUAUUUUGCGCAUUUCCGACGGCUAUAUAAUGGUAAGAGUUGCAAACGGCGUUGAUUCUUGAAUUUUGAGCGUCUUUGGUUUUGCUGUUAGGUCUGGUUGUCUUGGGGGAAAAGACAUGGCGGAAUCGUCUUCCACUUCACCGUCAACUGAAGAAUUGCUGGACCGAAUGUUGACGAGAUUGGCUCUCUGCAACGACUCCAAUCUCGAAGCUUUGAUCUCCAAGCUUCUCCCUCACACUAUCUCUGCUCUCUCCUCUUCUCCCUCUAAUUCCCUGCGCAAUAAGGCCCUUGAGAUAUUGAGUCAUGUGAACAAGAGACUAAAGCAUCAACCUGAGAUUCGUUUGCCGUUGGCUGAGUUAUGGAGAAUGUAUACAGAACCUAAUGCUGCUCCGAUGGUUAAGAACUUCUGUAUAGUGUAUAUUGAGAUGGCAUUCGAGCGUGCUCAGUUGAAGGAAAAGGAAGAUAUGGCACCUGAGCUUGUGAGUAGUAUUUCAAAGCUUCCGCAACAACACCAAGACAUUAUCCUCAGGAUUGCUGUUAGGGUGAUAGGUGAAUGUCAUGCUAGCGGAAUUCAUGACGAGGUUGCUGCAAAGUAUAGAUUAAUAAGUGGUUUGCAGGACAGGGAACAGUUUAUUGAAUUUUGCCUCCAUUCAGUAUUGUAUCAAAUGCCUUCUCAAGGAGGGGGAAGCCUGCCUGGGCUAUCAGUUGCUCAAGCCAAUCGUGUUACUGGAAAACACCCAUUGAAUAAGGAUGUGAUUUUAACAAUAAAGUUGGGGAUCUUGAAUGUCAUUGAAGCAAUGGAGAUGGAGCCUGAACUCGUUUAUCCCUUGUAUUUGGCAGCUUCUGUAGAUUGCCAAGAGCCUGUUGUGAGAAGAGGAGAAGAACUUUUGAAGAAGAAGGCUUUUGCUGCAAAUUUAGAUGAUCAGAAAUUGAUAAACAAACUGUUUUUUCUAUUUAAUGGUACUCUGGGAAAUGAAAAUAUAGCUCCUGAAUUUAAAGUCAGUCCAGGAAAUGCUGCUCUGAAGGCCAAAUUGGUGUCUAUCUUCUGCCGGUCUAUUACAGCAGCAAACAGUUUCCCUGCAACUUUGCAAUGCAUAUUUGGUUGUAUGUAUGGAAGUGGAACUACCUUAAGGCUGAAGCAGCUGGGAAUGGAAUUCACUGUUUGGGUUUUUAAACAUGCAAGCAUUGAUCAGAUAAAGCUAAUGGGCCCUGUUAUAUUAAAUGGGAUUCUGAAAUUUCUUGAUGGUUAUUCAUAUUCAGAAUCAGAUGCAAUUGCUAGGGAAACCAAAAGUUUUUCUUUUCAGGCAAUUGGAUUGCUUGCACAGCGCCUUCCUCAGCUUUUCAGAGACAAGAUUGAAAUGGCUGUUCGCCUUUUUGAUGCAUUGAAAGUGGAGUCCCCAUAUCUUCGUCUCGUUAUCCAGGAAGCUACCAGUGCACUUGCUACUGCAUACAAGGGAGCACCACCUGCUGUAUUGGUGAAUUUGGAGAAACUUCUGUUGAACAAUUCUCAAGUGGAACAGAGUGAAGUGCGUUUCUGUGCUGUAAGAUGGGCGACAUCUUUAUUUGAUUUGCAACACUGUCCUAGUCGGUUUGUCUGUAUGCUUGGGGCAGCAGAUUCUAAGCUGGAUAUAAGGGAAAUGGCAAUUGAAGGUCUAUUUCCUGGAAAAGAUGAAGAACGUACAAUUAGUCAAAAUCUUGAUCUUAAAUACCCAAAACUUGGAAGCAUGUUAGACUAUAUUCUUGAGCAGCAGCCUGAGUUGGUACAUUUAACUGAAAUGAGGGAACAUACGCUUCUUUUUCCAACAAAAAUGUACGUGGCCAUGAUCCAAUUUUUGCUGAAGUGCUUUGAGUGGGAGUUGGAGCAAGACAAAACUUUAAAAUGUUCAUCUGAAUUUCUUUCUUCAGUGGAAAAGAUGUUUUUAUUGCUAGAGCAUGCCAUGGCAGUUGUAGGGUCUGUUGAGUUGCAUUCCACUGCAUCUAAUGCAUUGAUUACUAUUGGCUCUCAUCUUCAAGAGAUUAUAGCAUCACACUAUGCCCCAAGAAUUUCAUGGCUAAAGCAAUUAUUGAGUCACAUGGACUUAGAUACUCGUCAGUCUGUAGCUCGAUUACUUGGCAUAGCUUCAUCUGCUCUUCCUUCCUCUGAAUCUGUUGGUCUGAUAGGCGAGUUAGUUUCUUUAAUUAAUGGAACAGAUAAUUUAAGGUUUGAGGCAAAGCAUGGAGCACUAUGCGCUAUUGGAUAUGUCGCUGCAGAUUCUAUGACAAGAACACCUCCUAUGCAGGAGACAUUGUUUCAAAAUACACUUAAAUGUCUGAUUGAUGUGGUUAACUCUGAGACUGCAACAUUAGCCUCUGUUGCUAUGCAAGCAUUAGGUCAUAUUGGUCUGCGUGUAUCAUUACCCCCUCUUGUUAAUGAUUCUAGUUCAGUUGACAUUCUAGAAAUUUUACGUGAGAAGUUGAGCAAGCUACUCUCUGGUGGUGAUACUAAAGCAAUUCAAAAAAUUGUCAUUUCGCUUGGACAUAUCUGCGCAAAGGAAACAUCAACUUCCCACCUAAAUAUUGCUCUUAAUUUAAUCUUUAGUCUUUGUCGGUCAAAGGUUGAGGAUAUCCUAUUUGCUGCUGGGGAGGCGUUAGCAUUUAUAUGGGGUGGUGUUCCUGUGACAGCUGAUAUCAUUCUCAAAACAAACUAUACUUCACUUUCCAUGACUUCAAACUUCCUUAUGGGAGACAUUAUCUCAUCAUGGCCAAAAUAUGGCUCUAAUGGGAAAAAUGAAAAAAAUGAAGAUUGUCGUGCUACUGUCAGAGAUUCAAUCACUAGAAAGCUUUUUGAUGAUCUUUUAUACAGUAGCAGAAAAGAAGAGCGCUGUGCUGGAUCAGUUUGGCUACUAUCACUAACAAUGUACUGCGGCCAUCAUCCAACCAUCCAACAAUUGCUUCCAGAAAUUCAGGAGGCUUUUUCACACUUACUUGGUGAACAGAAUGAACUUACACAGGAACUGGCAUCCCAAGGCAUGAGUAUUGUCUAUGAACUUGGCGAUGCAUCAAUGAAGAAAAACUUGGUAGAUGCUUUUGUAACUACUUUGACUGGUUCAGGGAAGAGGAAAAGAGCUAUCAAGCUGGUUGAAGAUUCUGAGGUGUUCCAAGAGGGUGCUGUUGGUGAAAGUCCAAGUGGAGGGAAACUUAGCACUUACAAGGAGCUUUGCAGUCUGGCAAAUGAGAUGGGGCAACCAGACCUAAUCUAUAAGUUUAUGGACCUGGCUAAUUAUCAAGCAUCUCUGAACUCUAAGCGUGGUGCUGCUUUUGGGUUUUCUAAAAUAGCCAAGCAAGCAGGGGAUGCUCUCCAGCCACACUUGCAUUCAUUGAUUCCAAGGCUUGUACGUUAUCAAUAUGAUCCUGAUAAAAAUGUUCAGGAUGCAAUGGCACACAUAUGGAAGUCACUGGUGGAUGAUCCUAAGAGAACUAUAGAUGAGCAUCUGGACCUUAUUUUUGAUGAUCUGUUGGUACAAAGUGGAUCUAGGCUUUGGCGUUCCCGUGAGGCUUCCUGUCUAGCCCUGGCUGAUAUUAUCCAGGGACGAAAAUUUUGUCAGGUUGGGAAGCAUUUGAAAAAAAUAUGGACAGCUGCUUUUCGUGCCAUGGAUGACGUAAAGGAGACUGUGCGAAUUUCUGGUGAUAAGUUAUGCCGUUCUGUAACAUCAUUAACAAUCCGACUAUGUGAUGUUACACUUACUGAAGUAUCAAAUGCAAGCCAAGCAAUGGAAAUUGUUCUACCUUUUCUUCUAGCUGAAGGAAUAUUAAGUAAAGUUGACAGUAUUUGUAAGGCUUCUAUUGGAGUUAUUAUGAAGCUUGUGAAGGGUGCAGGCAUUGCAGUUCGUCCACACUUAUCUGAUUUAGUUUGCUGCAUGCUGGAAAGUUUGUCAAGCCUUGAAGACCAAGGGCUCAAUUAUGUUGAGUUGCAUGCAGCAAAUGCUGGAAUACAAACUGAGAAGCUUGAAAAUUUGAGAAUUUCAAUUGCAAAAGGCUCUCCAAUGUGGGACACUCUGGACCUCUGCAUAAAUGUUGUAGAUACUGAAUCACUCGAAUUGUUGGUUCCUCGUCUGGCUCGCUUGGUUCGUUCUGGUGUAGGUCUUAACACAAGGGUUGGUGUUGCCGGCUUUAUUAGUUUAUUGGUUCAGAAGGUUGGUAUAGAUAUUAAGCCAUAUACAAGCAAGCUACUGAAGUUGCUGUUUCCAGUUGUGAAAGAGGAGAAAAGUGCUGCUGCAAAACGUGCUUUUGCAAGUUCUUGUGCAGCAGUUCUGAAGUAUGCAACUCCCUCUCAGGCCCAAACAUUGAUAGAGGAAACUGCUGCUUUGCACACUGAUGAUAGGAAUGCUCAAAUUUCUUGUGCAAUUCUAUUAAAGGCCUAUUCAUCCAUGGCAUCAGAUGUUUUGAGUGGAUAUCAUGCAGUCAUCAUUCCAGUUAUAUUUAUUUCUAGAUUUGAGGAUGACAAGUAUGUUUCUGGGCUUUUUGAGGAGCUGUGGGAAGAAAAUACGAGUGGUGACCGCAUCACCUUGCAAUUGUAUUUGGGAGAAAUUAUAUCUCUUAUCUGUGAGUGCAUUGCUUCAUCAUCAUGGGCAAGUAAAAGAAGGUCAGCCAAGGGAGUUUGCAAGCUGUGUGAAGUUUUGGGUGAAUCUCUGUCUUCUCAUCAGCAUGUUCUCCUUGAAUCUGUGAUGAAGGAAGUUCCAGGUCGUUUGUGGGAGGGAAAGGAAUCACUUCUGUAUGCAAUAGGUGCCAUUUCUACAUCUUGCCAUAAGGCAAUCUCCAUUGCUGAUCCUGCCACUCCAUUGGCCAUUUUGAAUAUGGUAUCCGCUGCAUGCACAAAGAAAGUGAAGAAAUAUCGUGAAGCAGCUUUUUCCUGUCUUGAUCUGGUUGUAAAAGCCUUUGGUGAUCCAGAGUUCUUCAAUAUCAUUUUUCCAUUUUUAUUGGAGAUCUGCAAUUCAGCAGUUUUUGAUAGAUCUGGACAGACAUCUUUAACUGGGGAUGGUUCUAAACAAGAAUCAGAUGAUGGAAAUGUUUUGGUUCCCCUUGACAAAGUUCUGGACUGCCUGACAUCAUGCAUUCAUGUGGCACAUGUAAAUCAUAUGCUUGAACAUACGAAGAACUUGAUGCAGGUCUUCUUGAUUUCCUUGUCACCUGGAUUUCAGUGGACAGUCAAAAUGUCUGCAUUUUCAUCAAUUAAAGAACUUUGCUCAAGGCUUCAAAAAAGUUUGAACAACUCUGAUGAAACCUCCUCACUUGCUGGCAUCAGUUCUCUGGCGCAGGAGUUGUUGCACUCAGUGUCACCCAAAGUGGUAGAAUGUAUAAGCACUGUAAAGAUUGCCCAGGUUCAUGUAAAUGCUUCAGAGUGCCUCCUGGAGAUCUUUAAGCUGUAUAAACAAAUUUCCCCAGGCUGUUCCAUAGAUGUGGAAUUCAAGGGUGAGGUUCUUCAUCAGUACGAGGUGGAAAAAAAUGUGGAGGCAAAAUCAUUUCUAAAACAAUGUAUUGAUAUCCUCGAAAACCUGGAAGUAGAGAAAGUCCAAGCUAUGCCAGCAUGAAGCUUACAAGUUUACUUGAUUGUGUAGCAAUGUAAUUUUCUUAGCAUAGCGGCUUAUAAAGAUGGUGUUACAUUUAAGUUUUGUGAUAGGAGGGCCGGAACAAUAUGGGAUUUAUUUGAAAAAAUAUGUAUAAAUUUACAUAAAAAUGGGAUUAAUUUUACUUAAUUUUAUCACUGAA